AUGUCAUCGUCAACACCACAGCAGCAGCUCAUAGCGUACAUACAUCACGAGCGGCAAGAACCAGGCAGCAUGCUGUGCGCCCAGCACGCGCUCAACGCCUUACUGCAGGGUCAAUACUACGACGCUUCGCAGCUCGCGCAGAUCGCCACCGAGCUCGAUCAGCUCGAAGCGUCCGAGCUUGGGCUCAGUGCAGCCGACAUUGCAGCGCGCGACCGUGCGAGCCUCAACAUGGACGACGCAGGGUUCUUCAGCGUCUCGGUGCUUGAAAGGGCGCUUCAAGUGUGGGGGAUCUCGAUCUGCAAUUGGCGUUCGGCUGAGAUGAGGACGCGACACGACGCACCGGAGCGAGAGGCGGCGUUUGUGCUGAAUCUCAAUAGCCAUUGGUUCACCAUCCGCUCUUUCGGCACUUCGAGCAAGUUUUGGUACAAUCUCAAUAGCUUCUUGGCAGAGCCACAGUGGAUUGGGAACAAUUAUCUGGGCACGCUGCUGCACACCGCCGAGACGGAAGGCUACUCGGUGUUCGUCGUCCAGGCAUCAGAGGGGAGUGCAGGUCAGGGACUGCGCGAAUCCGACGCUGACCAGAUUGCGGAUCACCUUCCACCACCCGGCGCCGCUUCCGCCAGCGCUCACUCCAGCUUGGCGAAUCAGGGCCUUCGACCAGCAGGUGACUCAACAGCAGCCCCAACCACGCCAUUGCCCUCCGCCGCCACACCAAGUUUCGGUCUGGGCGCCGAGGAAGAAGAUGCCGAGUUGCAGGCCGCUCUCAGCGCGAGCCUUGAACAGCACACGCUCGCGGCUGCACCGGACACACCGAGCCGGUCUCGCGUCCGACAGAUGCGCAGUGGGAGCGAUGAAGGCGCCGCGGGCGGCGUGGAUUAUAGCGUGGGCGAGACGGAUGCCGACAUUGACGCGAUCGCGCCUUCGCGACGUCGACACCGCGCGGGAUAUCCUGAUCCGGUCGAUGAUGAUCUGCGCAGAGCUAUGGAGGCGAGUCUGUCGAGCUCAAAUCAGCCUUCAAGAACGAGCAGCUCCGUCCACAUCCCCACAGUAGCAGCUGAAUCUUCAUCGUCUGCCUCAACAUCGUCUCGGCCCGUAGGCCGUCGGAAACGUCGCGCGCAAGAACGCCAAUCGGGCCUCUCUCGCGACGACGCCAUCGACCUGGAUGAUUCACGCGACGACCUUUCGAGCGAUAUGGAAGAACUCCGACCCGCGAGCCUGUCGCAUCGCUCGCCAUUCCUCAGUCCCGCCAUGGCGGCCGCCAACCGCAACAACGAAGACGUCGAAGAGAUUGUCGACGAUGAUGAUGACGAAGACAUUCCCAGCGACGACGAGUCCGUAAAUCCGUUCAGUGUCCGCGGCGCACCGGAAGCAAGCGCAGUCAUCGGAGCACGACAGGACCGACACUACGACGACGAGGAUGCAGAGCUGCAAGCGGCACUCGCGGCGAGUCUGGGCGACACAGAAGCCGCGGCCCGGUUUGCUGCCGAGAACCCCACUCGUGGCGAACGGCAGCGGGGUGGCGUGGAUGAGGAGGCUGGCGCGGCGAUCCCGGAUGAUGUGGAUCGCAUUUCAAAAAUGCGCGAAGAAGCACGGAGGAAGGCGAGAGAGGAACAGCAUAGGCAGGAACGCUUGGCGAGGGGCGAAGCGGUGGAGGAGGACAAAGGGACGAGUGCGGCUGCAGGCACCAGUGGUGGUGGCGGUGGCGGAGACGGUGGUGAUGACGAGCAAGACGAAGAGUCCGAGGCGGAAGAAGUAAGCGCGGAAGAACUGCGUCGGCGUCGACUGGCUCGUUUCGGGUAG